UAUACUACGGUCACACUGCUUGACGCACACUUUUUUGUUAAAAAGUGUGAUUUAAUUUUUAUACAAGCAUAUAUCUCGGGAAUUGCUUAAUUUACUGCCAUAAAUAUAUUAAAAUUAAGAAGUCAGAAUGUCGGAUGGUGAUUUGGAUGCCUUACGCGCCCAGCGCAUGUCCCAAAUGCAGUCGCAAUUUGGCGGCGGCGGUGGCAAUGAUGCGGAAAAACAACAAGCCCAGCAGGAGCAGAUGCGCGCCCAGGAGGAGAUGAAGCACUCGAUAUUAUCUCAAGUUCUGGACCAGCAGGCCAGGGCAAGACUGAACACCCUCAAAGUCAGCAAGCCGGAGAAGGCGCAAAUGUUCGAGAACAUGGUCAUCCGCAUGGCCCAGAUGGGUCAGGUGCGUGGAAAACUCGAUGAUGCCCAGUUUGUGAGCAUCCUCGAGAGCGUCAAUGCCCAGAUGCCGCAGGCCAAAUCCUCCGUGAAGUACGAUCGCCGUCGGGCGGCCAUCGACAGCGAUGAUGACGAGGACUACGGCUGCUGAUCCAUCCGAAAUCCCGCCCAACUUCUAAUUUAAGUUACCCCCGCUCUUCGCAUCCGCUAAAUCAUGUUUAUUACUUUUACUAACUUAAAACGAUAAAAAAAACAAGAGAAUCAGACGCA